UCUGAACACGCGUUGAUGUAUUGUAGAGGCCUGUUUUUCGCCCAUAAAACGGGCUUGAGAAUGCAGCAGCAGGUCAGUGAGCUUCAACGCUUUCUCAAUUUUACCAAGCACGGUUUACAACAUGUCUUCUUCGUCCUCCGCCGCUCCCGCGCGCCUUGCUGAGUACCCCGCCGCUCCCGCGCGCCCUGCUGAGCACUCUGCUACACCCGAUCCUGCUGGUGGUGUUGAGAACCGCCCUGCUAACACCACUGCUACGCUCCUACCGCGUCCCUACGUCCCAGAGCGGGUUACUGAGCCCUUUACCUCCGCUGCGCGCGAGUCCUUCAGCGCCAUGAUCGAAGCUACUGGGGACAAUACAAGGCAUAUUAGUGCUCUGCAGUACUACGAGCUUCGACAGUGGCUCACUGGCAGGCCUACGAGAACUAACGUCGAUCGCCGUGCCCGCCGUCAUGCCAAGGAUAACUAUACCUUCUAUGAGGGAGAAGGUGGUAAAGAAGGCCUGUAUAAGAAGGCCGGUAAGGGGUAUGAGGAGAGAAAGGUAUUGCGUAAGAGCGAGGUUUUUAAUGCUAUUUAGGACGCACACCUAGAUACUGGCCAUACUGCUAUCGAAUCAACGUAUAAGUAUGUUGUUUCCCAGCACUACGGUGUUACCCGUAACGAUAUUGCGUUCCUCCUACCCCUAUGCUAAGUAUGUAUUCGCACGAGGAACCACCCUACUACUCCAGCGCGGAUAACGCCGAUCCUCUCUAAGGAGAUAUUU